AUGAUACCUUGGCUACUACUGUACCUAUUCGGUGCAGUCUCUUCAGAAGAUCUCCACAAAUUAUUAUCUACUCUCCCACAAUACAGUGACUCCAGAAUACCUCCAAUUCUCAGACCUCUAUCCUAUGAUCUACAGUUGCAAUUGCCAUUGUCUGAAGUAUCUGAUCCGGAUGUCCCUUUAUUCACUGGAAGAUGUGUGAUGCAGUAUGAAAUUAAUCAACAAAUCGGACCAGAAUCCGCGUUUAUUAGUGAUUCAACAAGUAACAGAGCAAAGAUAAAGUUUGAUAUCAUUAUGUUGGAUCAUUUCGAGAAUGUCUCAUUGGUCUACAAUGGAAAUGAAUUAGAGAUUUUCAAUGUGCAAUUAACAGAUGAUUCAAUGGAGUUAUCAGUAGAUCAACCAGUUUUAUUUCCUGGAAGAUACACUUUGACAAUUCAUCGAUAUAAAGGAUUAAUUGGAAGUGCUAUUUAUUACAGAGACGCCGGAGAGCACGCUGUAUUCGGCUCUCACUUGUUUCCAAACAGAGCACCUGCUGUAUUCCCAACGUACUUGGGAUCCACUGAAAAAGUGACAUUUUCAAUUACGAUGGUCCAUCCAAUUGGGACAAUUGCAUUGACCUCUGGAGCCAGUGAGAGUUAUCCGAGGAAAAUGGAUGAUAAUUGGCAGAUGACAACUUUCUCCACAACGCCUUCAAUCACUCCUUCAAUGCUCUGUUUUCUUCUUUUACCUCAUGAAUAUACUCAUAUUGAAUCUUCUUAUACUGGAAUUAAUAUCAGUGUUCAUUACAACAAAUUCCGGGUUCAAAAAGAGCAAGCCAGGCAUUUAUUGCAUACGGCAACUCAAGUAUUGGCACUGUUGAAGUGA